AUGAGUGAACCAUCAGAAAAACAGAGUGCCCUGCAAGAGAACCAGUCAGAUCAGAGUUCUCCUGAGAAAAGCUAUCAAAUUGGGCAGAAGCAAUUGCAACAAAUUGAGCGACAGUUAAAAUGCCUGGCAUUUCAAAACCCUGGACCGCAGGUGGCCGACUUUAAUCCUGAAACCAGACAACAGAUAAAGAAAGCACGGAUGUCAAAGAUGAAUGAGUAUUUUUCUGUGAAAUACAAAGUCAUGAAGAAAUAUGACAAGAGUGGCAAGCUGAUCUGCAAUGACGCAGACCUGUGUGACUGUCUGGAGAAGAACUGCCUGGGCUGCUUCUACCCCUGCCCCAAGUGCAACUCCAACAAGUGUGGGCCUGAGUGCCGCUGCAACCGGCGCUGGGUAUACGAUGCCAUAGUCACUGAGACCGGGGAUGUCAUCAGUACCCUGCCCUUCACUGUCCCAGAUUAG